AUGGGAAAGACAGGAAAUGGAAAAAGUUCAACUGGCAACUCAUUGUUACAUUCUCGAAGCGCUUUUCUCUCUACACAAUCAGCCGAAUCGAUAACAAAGCAAUGUGAAGCGAAAAUGUAUAAUCAUACAGAUGUCAGUGGACAACAGAAAAUAUUGACUGUUGUCGACACACCAGGCUUUUUUGAUACAGACGCGACAGUAACAAACGAAAUGGUACAGAAUAAAAUCGCUUCACAAAUCUUCGAUAUGACAUCACCAGGUGUACAUGCCUUUUUAAUCAUCGUUCGCGUCGAUCGUUUUACACCAGAAGAAAAAAAUACUGUUGAUUUUAUUAAAAAAAUUUUCGGUGAUGGUGCUGCCAAAUAUUGUAUUGUCGUCUUUACUUGCGAAGAUCAAUUGGAAGAGGGUCAAACUAUUGAUGAUUUCAUAAAUUCAUCAGACCAGUUGAAAGAGUUAGUCCAGUGUUGUGGAAAUCAUAAAUUUGCCAUCAACAAUAAGUUAAAUGGUCAACCGUUAAAAAUAAAAAUCGACCAGUUGCUUCGAAUGAUUGAUCAAAUGGUGCAAAGCAAUCGUGGUAAAUACUAUACGAAUGACAUGUACCAGAAGAUUGAGCGGCAACGUAAAAGAGAACAAGCAAGACAAGAAGAAGAAGAUUGUAAGAAAAAAAAAGCAUACGAAGAGUCACUAAUUUCAACAGGUCGAGAAAUAGGACGACAAGAAGCGGAAGAACGGGAACGAGAACGACAGAAAGAGCAAAAAAGUAGAGAGAAAGAGCCACAAAAAACAGAAAAACCAGAAAAAGAACAGUAUUCAACGAGGAAAAAGAUCUGUGGUUGUGCGUGUCAUAAAUAUCCAGGUGUUAUACAUGUUGUGCCAUGUUGCUCGGGUACAAAGUUUCCAUUUAGUCUGCUCGGUCCUUAG